GAUCUCAAGUUGAAAAAAGGAGCCGUGAUACAGUUUUAAGACAGAAUCUCUCUACUUUCUCUCUCUAUACAUACAGAAUAUAUACACACACAUAUUUACUGACACAAAAGCGUCAACUCUGCUCGACUUCGAUCUCCUGAAGCUUGCAAGCUCUGUUUGCUUUUCAAAUGAACCCCUAAAGCUGUGGUUUACGUAUUAGGGCUUCGAAAGUUGUCUUCUUUCUAAAGACGAGUCCGAGAACAUUUCUGGGCUUUUGAUUCCGACGAAGGCUUCAGUCAAUUUGGUCCGAGUGAUAGUGGAAAAGUUGGGGUUUUUGCAGCAGAAUUUUGGGUGCCUUGUAUGAAAUACUCCGCUUCAUUGUUGGGGAAGAGAGAUGUUUUAUUCUCAGUUCAUAUUAGCGAAGAAGGGGCCACUUGGGACUAUAUGGAUUGCGGCACAUUUAGAGCGGAAGCUGCGCAAGAAUCAGGUUGCUGACACAGAUAUUGGGGUCUCAGUUGACUCGAUUCUUUUUCCUGAUGUACCCAUUGCACUCCGCUUGUCUAGCCAUCUUCUGCUUGGUGUGGUGAGGAUAUAUUCUAGAAAGGUGAAUUACCUUUUCGAUGAUUGCAGUGAGGCUUUGCUCAAGGUUAAGCAAGCUUUUCGCUCAACUACUGUUGAUUUACCACCUGAAGAAUCUACUGCACCGUAUCACUCCAUCACCUUGCCAGAGACUUUUGAUCUAGAUGAUUUUGAGCUGCCAGACAAUGACAUUUUUCAGGGUAAUUAUGUUGAUCACCAUGUCAGUGCAAGGGAGCAGAUUACUCUCCAAGAUACCAUGGAGGGUGUUGUUUACUCCACAUCCCAGUUUGGACUGGAUGAGCGCUUUGGCGAUGGUGACACCUCUGGUUUGGACCUUGAUGAGGAACUAUUUCUGGAGAACGUUGCAGCAGCUGCUUCUGGACAUGCAGGAGAUAUGUUGGGUUCAGGAGCUGAUCCUCAGGCAUCUGACCAACCAAUGAGUCCUUUAAAACAAGAUGAAAACUGUGAAGGGAUGAAUGAUAACUCAGAGCCGAUGCAAGCUUCAGGCAGUGUAGAUCAGAUUGAAAUUCCUACUGAAAAUUAUGCUCAGGCUCCAUGUACUCCUGGAUUACUGGAAGAACCAAACUUGUCUAACAUUCAAGAGGCUUCAGCAUAUGAUGAUCAUCUGGAAUCAGAAGAUCAUAAUAUGACAGAAUUUGCAGCUAAAGAGAAUUUGGAAAGUGCGACCAGUAAAGUAGAUUUUUCUAAUGGAAAUAAAAAUGCAGUGGAUGAGUCUCAUAGUCAUAUGAAUCCUGAAUUUGUUCUUCUAAUGCCUGCUGAGGAGAAUGGAUGCCUUUCGGAUGGCCAGGAGGUUGGACAACUAAACCUACCAGAAGAUUUUCCACCUACUUCUGUGAACAUUGAGCACGUAUCAUCAGAGGAUCCCCAGUCAGCGUUGUUAUCAUCGUCCAUUAUAGAUAGAGUCAUUUCUCCAGUAUCAGAAUUUUCAGAUAAGAUCAUUCCUGUGACUGAUGCUGCAAACAGGGUGCAGGAUUUACAGAAUGGAGUUGCUAACAGCAAUGAUUCUGUCAUUCAUUCUAUUGAUGGGGCCCAUCUAGACUGUUUGGAACCCCAAGGAGUUAGGUUGGGUGAAAUUGAAGCAUCUCCAUGUCCCUCUGAUGAAGCCCAUGUUAUGAUGGACUCUUGUAGUAACCCUGGUUCUGGAAAUGAGAACAGUAUGGAGAAGUCGAGUUUAAUUAGCACCUGCCAGCCAGUACCAGAAGAAGUUAUGCUAGAGACUGAUCAAGCACUACUUAGACCAGCUGUUUCUAAAAACCUGGAGGUUGCAGGAAAUGUGGAAAAAUCAAGCCCUCAUAGCAAUAUUGUGGUAGUAGAUACUGAAUCCUCCAGUCGACAUAAUAUUGAGGACUUUGGAACUCAGGCUUGUCAGGGGCAAAAGGAUUUUGAAAAUUUUAGUCCUAAUGUUCAUGAAGAAAUGGCAUUUACUCACAUGCAUGUUCUUCAGCCCUGCAAUUCACAUUUGAACCAAUUGGAUUUGUCUCCUGGAGGUAUUAAUCCAGUUGUUAUUGACUUACCAUCUGAAGAAGUUGGGCUGAGCUCAGUAGAGACAUCUGGAAGGAAGGAGGCAAACCAUAUUUCAGAAGCUUCCAAUGAGGUGCAAGGUGAAGGGAGUCAUGCAACUGAUGUUAUAAAACCAGUCUUAGAGGGAAACAACAUAGCAAAACCUGGUUCAAAUGAACACAUUCAGGCAGAUUUUAGUAUACUAGAUAAUCAAGUGGACGUGACUUCAAGAGAUACUCAAUUAGAAAAUUUAGAUAGUUCUGAAGUUUCUGAACUGCCUGCACCUGAGAAGUUGCUCUCUGUACCAGAAGGGUUUGCUGAUCUACCGAAUAAUUUUUUUCCGGAGUCUACGCCACAUGAAGCAUUCUCAAUGGGGGAUGAUGGAUCCAAAAGCAUUUCAGGAAAAAAACGCAGUUUCACUGAAAGUACACUGACUAUGCAGAGUCUAAAUUCAGUUAAAUCUUUUGGGUUGGACCUCUCCAAAAGAACUGGGGAAUCUAUUCCUGAUGAUGAUGAUUUAUUAUCUUCCAUUUUAGUUGGAAGAAAAUCUUCAGCUUUGAAAGUGAAGUUCACUCCUCCACCUGAGAAUGAGAUAACUUCUAUGAAACGCCCUCGGUCUGCACCCCGUGUUAGUGCUUCUAAGAGGAAGGUGCUUUUGGAUGAUAACAUGGUUUUGCAUGGCGAUACAAUACGACAACAAUUGACAAGUACUGAAGACAUACGCCGCGUACGAAAGAAAGCUCCUUGCACUCGCCCUGAAAUUUGGAUGAUUCGGAAACAGUUACUGGAAGAUGAAAUUUUCAGAGAAUCCAUAUUUAUCGGUUCUUCAACUGAUUUGGAAUCCUUGCACAGUCAAACAUAUGAUCUGAGUGAAAUACGGGUCUCACAAAAUGAUGAAAAUAAUACUUCUUUGGAAGCAGCUAAUGAUGCAGCAUUCUCCACGGGGCUGAAAGUCACCGAAGAAACUGGAAUGGAAGGGAGUACUGAACCUAUGGUAGGCAGAAAUGAUGGGGAAGCAGUACCUGCUGAGCCUUCUGUGCUGAUUCUGGACCAGCAGGGUCUGGAGCAUGUUGUAAGUUCCCAGGAUUGUGAUACUCAAGUGCAGGUGAAGGCUGUCAGUGCUCUACCCGAUCCCAGGAGUUCACAAUAUGAAGUUUUAGGGGAGAGAGAUGAAAUGGAAAUUGAUGGGGGGAGUGUCUCUGUUGCUGAUGUGGUAGAUCCUGUUUUUGGUGAUAAAUUUGACAUGCCAGCUGGCUCUACGGUGCAGCUUGCUUCCCUGGACAUAAACAGUGGUGCAGAUGUUUCUCUGCAAUUGCAUGCAGCAGGUGUGUCACCUGAUGAGAUGCUGGAUAUGCAGCAUGUUGAGAUGGAUACUUUCAUAGUGGAUAGCAGCAAUAGGAAUGGACCCGACGCCAUUGUAGAUGCAGAAAAACAUGAUGACAAUGUUGCUGUACUUGGAACUGAAUCUAGCGUUAGAAAUCAGUUUUUGUUGGAAGAAGCUGAUGGUUGUGCUUCAGUUGACAUUCCUGCAAUAAUUCAUACGGAUUGUUCCAUGCAUAACAAUAGUGCUGAUCCUUCUCUCGCGAUUUCAUCUCCCCAGACUGACGGGUGCCAUAAUCAGUUUGUUGUAACUGUUGACCAUGACGUACAGGAAAUCUCCAAGCAAGGGCUUGUAAAUGAGAAUGAAGUUCUUGCUGCAGAACUGGACAAUGAUGACAAGAACCCUAUUGCUAAUGGUAACUGUGGUGAAGUACCUAAAAUAGAUUCUGCAUAUACGUCAGAACUAAUUGAAGAUGUGAAAAAUGCUUCCUUAAAUGAUGGCGAAUCAGGCUGUCAACCAGCUGAUUCACAGAGUAGAAUGGAUGCAGAAAUUAGUGCGAUUGAUCAUACUGCCAACGAAGAUCGUGGUGAUUUUGAUUACGCAAUCGAUGGACAUGAUACAGGGUUUCUGAAUGUAGAUGACGAUGAAGUGGCUGAAGAAGAUGACAAUUAUAUGAGUAGUGCCAUAGAAACCCGCUUUCUUGAGAACAGUGGAUGGUCUUCCCGCACCAGAGCUGUUGCCAAGUACCUCCAAACUUUGUUUGAUAAUGAAGCAGAGCAUGGAAGGAAGGGCCUUCCCAUGGACAACCUGUUAACUGGUAAAACUCGCAAGGAGGCAUCAAGGAUGUUCUUCGAAGCAUUGGUUCUUAAAACAAGAGAUUACAUCCACGCAGAACAGGGAACUCCAUUUGACAGCAUUAAUAUAAAGCCUCGAGGGAAGCUGAUGAAGUCGGACUUUUGAUCUCUCAUGGGAAGGCAUACACGGUUGCCGCAAACCAUCUGUAUUUACUAGAUAGUGGACUACUUACUAAAUAGCGGAUGCUGGGCUCUUUUGGGUAUUAUUCUUCCUCUGAUCCAUUCUUUUCUAAUUUAUCCUCACAUAGUUCGUGUAAGUGGUAGUAUUGGUAAAUUAGAGGUUACACGUUCAUAUAGUUCAUGUAAAUUAAAAAAGACGGUUGUCCAAACACUGCUGUAAUAAGUACCUUAUUUAUAUGUAUAAAAUCUGUAUAAUUAAUUGCCAUUUGCAAUUGAUGAUAAUUUUAUGUAGUUUCACCA